CAGGGCCGUACCCGGGGAACGCGGUAAAUCAUCGCGUGGACACAUGACAAUUAUCUCUCCCCGUUGCCAACUCCCGCACCCGCUAAUCAUCCACCUCUUCAACCGCGCAUGGGUCUUGGUUGAGAGCCCCCGCAAGACAAUCUCCGGGCAUGGAGAACCACCGCCGCGAUGACUCGCCUUCUGGUCUCUCAGAUAUUGUCGAGGGCGAAGGCCUGCUGGGCACUGGUCUAACGACCCGACACAUUGAGGCCUUUGGGCGAAAAGUCACAUCGACGGCUGGACACUUGAUAGGACCGACCGACCAAUCCCACAGCACCCAUUAUCACAAUGCGAUAUCCGACAUCCACCGCGAACUGCGCCGGCCGACGGCGCAGCGAAAGGUCUUUUCCCUGACUCAAACCACCCCGACCGACCUGGUCCGAUCGAAGCUGUCAACCUCCGAGAUCCAGUCGCGGGCGCUUUCUUCCCUUCCAGAUGACCUUCUCGCGAAUAUCCCCGAAGAUUCAAGCUCCUACUCCCUCUUCCAGGGCUUCCAGGCGACCCUUCCCGAGGAUGAACGGGGCCACAAGAAGCACAGGAGACGCAGCUCCAAGGCGCAGAAGGCUUUGAAGGACGCUGAGAAAGGUGGAACGUUGACAGCAGGCCCUGCGGCAUUGAGGGAGGAACGAAGAGCGCUGGGUCGCCGGUUGGACCUCAUGGGUAUUCGAAAGAACAUGUGCAGCGCCGAGAUUCACGAGAUUGAUAACAAGAUCGCCAAUUUGCACAAGAUGCGCCAGAUUGUGCUUGAUCGAUUAGCCGGGCUGGAAAUGGAUGAAGCAGCAAUGGAAGUUGAGAUUACGGAACUUGAUAACAAACUGGAAGACCUCCAGGAAGAGGAGACUCCCGAGUCAUCUACAACGGCCGAAACACCCAAACCGUCUGAAGCUCAGGAUGAUACUGGUGCUUCCGGUGACCCUGCCAUGGAUGCUUCCUUCAUGUCGGAAUCGAUAUAUGAGAAAUUGCCGACCACGUCUCCUCGAAGCCUACGACACCGGUCGAUCCGUAAACGAUCUAUGCCGAUCCUCCACGAACACUUUGCUCCCGGAUCUCUAAUCAAAGAGAUUGAAGCACACACUGAUAUGGUCACAGCCAUUGAUUUUGACUAUCCAUUCGGUACUAUGGUCAGCGCAGCAUUAGACGAUACCGUGCGGGUGUGGGAUAUGAAUGUUGGCCGCUGUUCAGGAUUGCUGGAGGGACAUCAUGCCUCAGUCCGCGCCUUGCAAGUGGAAGACAACAUCGUUGCGACAGGUUCGAUGGAUGCGUCCGUCCGACUCUGGGAUUUGAGUCGUGCUCGACCCGCUAGUCGCGACAACCGAUUGAACAAGCAUGAACGUGACGGACUAGAUGAAGAUUACGAUCACUCCUCACCAGUGCCACCUUCGUCGAACUUGGAGGACUGCCAUGUCUUUUCGCUUGAAGCGCACGUUGACGAAGUCACCGCUUUGCACUUCAAGGGCGACACGCUCAUCUCGGGAUCUGCAGAUAAGACUCUGCGACAAUGGGAUCUGGUCAAGGGCCGCUGCGUUCAAACAUUAGACAUUCUGUGGGCAGCCACCCAGUCAUCCUCCUCUAUGUCCGGAGAUGGCAAUUGGCGCCCGUCUGGUCGUCUUCCAGACGCGUCGGCUGACUUUGUUGGGGCCGUGCAAUGCUUCGAUGCAGCCUUGGCCUGUGGAACUGCAGACGGCAUGGUUCGCCUGUGGGAUCUGCGCAGUGGCCAGGUGCAUCGCAGUCUGGUGGGCCACACUGGGCCGGUUACCUGCUUACAGUUUGACGACGUGCAUCUGGUGACGGGCAGUCUGGACCGCAGUAUCCGGAUUUGGGAUCUCCGAACUGGAUCCAUAUACGAUGCUUACGCCUACGACAAGCCGAUCACCAGCAUGAUGUUCGAUUCUAAGCGUAUCGUGGCCGCUGCCGGUGAUAGCGUGGUCAAGGUCUACGACAAGGCCGAUGGCCACCACUGGGACUGUGGCGCUGGUGUGGGCGUCGACGAUGAAGGUCCGUUCCCUGCGACCGUUGAGCGUGUGCGCCUGAAGGACGGCUACCUUGUCGAGGGACGUAAAGACGGUACUAUGGCCGCUUGGACCUGUUAAAGAAGCGACUCCUUUUGUUGAUUAUAGCAUCUACUUCCCGCCCUCCUCCAUCACCUCCAUCCCCGCUUUGUGUCUCCUUGCUGGGGGUCCUCUCUCCUCUUUGUCCUCCACGCCCGUUGUAUAGUAUUCCAUCCCCAUGUCUAGAGAGAGAGAGAGAGAGUCUGGAUGUAGCAAACUGGCGCACCUAGAGAGGCAAGGAAUAUGAUAUCAAUCGCUGUUAUUAUCUACUCAAGACAUAAUUUCUGCCAUUAAACGAAG